AUGUCGUUUCUGAACCAUCCUGGUGAGAGCGGUGGCGCACAUAUUGCUUUCGAGAAGUUCCGAACCGAUCGACUCCUAGCCAACGGAGCGGAGGGUCCGAAAAACGAGGUUAUCAUCGGGGUGUCUUUGGGGAUGAUGGAUGCGUAUCUCACACGAUGA